CUCACGUGCGUCACAUAUGUCGAAAUAAACUCGCUUUGUUCAUUUUGUAAACUUCCAUUCAUUUAUAUACGGAGUUUAUAACCGUGUCCGUCGUUUAGUACAAGAUUUCUGUUGAAUUUAGAUCGUACAAUGUAUUGGAAGUUUCAUGCUGCGCCUUCAGCAAGAGUAGCUGAGCUCCUAAAUAAAGAGGAUGUCACAUUAGAAGAAUUGUUGGAUGAAGAGGAUAUCAUACAAGAAUGCAAAGCUCAAAAUAGCAAUGUGAUAGACUUUCUGGUGCAGCCCGAGGUGAUGAUGGCGCUCGUGUCUCACAUGGUGACCGAGCCGGACCCGACCGGCGACGUGGCCUCCCAGUACCGCUACGCCAACAUGGCCUCGGAGAUCGUCACGUGCAACGUGCCGGCCAUUAUCGACCAGCUGGCUGGCGAGCGGCCGCUGCUGCGGCGGCUCUACAGCCUGCUGGAGUGUGAGCCGCCGCUGAACCCGCUGCUGGCCAGCUACUUCAGCCGCACGCUGGCGCUGCUCAUCGUACGGCGGCCCGGCCAGAGCUGGUACUCGUAUCAAUUCAACUGCCUCCAGGUGUUAGAAUUUCUCAAGUCGAUGGACACGUUCAUUGACCUGGUGCUGCGCCACCUGGGCACGUCUGCAAUCAUGGACCUCACGUGCAAUCUCAUCUCGGGCAUCGAGGCGCCAGAGUAUCGCCAGAAUGCGCUCAAUUGGCUCAACGACCAGCGGCUGGUGCAGCGGCUGGCCGAGCUGAUGGCCGAUGGAGAGCACCCCGACCGGCAGGCCAACGCCGGACAGGUCAUCAUGUCGGUGGUGAGCUGCGCGCGCCAGAUGGCCCAGCAGCUCGGCCCCGGAGAGAAGGAGCCCAACCCGCUCGUCUCCACCAUCGAAACGACGGAGUUUGUGUCGUCGGUGCUGGACGGCGUGCUGGGCCCGGCGCGCACCGAGGCCGGCCUGGUGAACGCGUUCCUGGUGUUGCGGCUGCUGCUGGACACGGGCCGGCCCGGCGCGCCCUACGCCCAAAACGAGGCUGACGAGGAGGUGCCGCCGGAGGAGCCGGCCAGCGUGCAGGCCGUGGCGGACGCGCUGCUGCCGCGGCUGGCCGACUGUCACCGGCUGCUGCUGGAGCCGCCGCCGCGGCCCGCCGUGCCCACCACGUGCGGCCGCCUGGAGCCGCCGCUGGGCGCCACACGGCUGCAGGUGGCGCGUCUGACCACGGCGCUGCUGGCCGCCAACCGGCACCCGGUCAACUGCCGGCUGGCGCAGCUCGGCACCAUCGACCUGCUCCUGGACCUGUUCUUCCAGUACACGCUAAACAACUUCCUUCACUCGCAAGUAGAGCAAAGUAUCGCGCUCAUCCUAGAGGCUGAGCCACAGGAAAGUGAAGAAGGCAAGAGUUGCCACCCACUUCUAGUACAUAUUUUCACAAAGACAAAGCUAGUGCAGAGGAUACUUCAGGGCAUGGAGGAGCCUCAGACAAACGGCGAAUCGUCCGAACAAAAACGGCGGUGUUUCCGCUCAUCGCGCGCGUACUGCGGCCACCUGGUGAAUAUGGCCAACAAGGUGUGCUCGGCGGCCGAGGAGGGGCCCAACGUGCAGCUGGUGCGCGAGCAGCUGGACGCCCUGCCCGACGACAUACGAGCCAGCUGGCAGGCCUUCAAGGAGGCCAAGCUGCACAGGAUCAAUGAACAGAACAAGCCGGUGUUGCCGGAGACCAAGCAGGAGACUGCCAGCGAGUCCGACUACCGACAGGUGACCGAGGCUCAGCAGGCCACCAUCCUCAGGACGUUCCACAACUUCCAGCUGCUGCACGCGAGUACGGCCGGCGCCGACGGGCAGGGCGCCGACGACCUGGGCGACGACGACGGCUACAACGACAUCGGAGACGGCCUCAGCGCGUCGCCGGACGAGGUGACUCCAGUCGGCCUGCUGUCUCUGGACGCCGGCGGCGACGGCCGGCCGUCGGCGGUCGACCUGUUCGCGGCCGCCAGCGAGGCGGACCCGUGGCCGGCGCGGCGCACGGCCAGCCUGGAGCCAUGCCACAGCAGCUCGGAUGAGGACGACGAGUCGGACGAGGGCGGCGCAGGCGACGACAGCGCGCCGGCGCAUAUCUCCAUGGAGGUAGACACGAGCGACCCGUGGGCCGCCGCUACUGCUACCGACUCACCGCAGGUGGCCAUGGAGACCAAUAUGUGGGAGGAGGCGCCCCCGGCAGCGGCGCCGGCCGCCGGAGACGCGGCGGAGACCGCACAGUGGCCUGCCUUCCAGUCGCAGUCCGACGCGGUCACGGCAGCGCCGCAGAGCACAGAAUCCUCGGCCGGUACCGGCUCGACCACCGAGCAGCCUUCAGCGUUCCACGCGAACUUCGAGGCGGCGUUCUCAAACACGUGCGCCGUCCAGGAGGAUGGCCAGGUGUCGUCGGACGCGCCGGCACCGCCCGGCCGGCCCGAGUCACUGCAGCUCAGCGCAGGCGCCGGCUCCAUGGAGGUGCAGCCCGAGCUGCUGGUGGCGGAGCCGGUGACGCCGCCGGCCGACCGGCCAGAGUCUCCGCACGAGCUGAACUCGACGGGAGGCGACUUCACUCCGCUCUUCCACGAGUCUUCCGUGACGGCGGAGUCCGCGGCGGCGACGUCCGAGGCGGGGGACGGUAGCGGGGAGUCGCCGCUCUCCGAACCGACGGAGCAGCUGGCCGACAACUACAGCUUCCUGACGUCGCAGGGUCUGAUGAACGGCUCUGCGUCCGAGGGCGAGGAGGGCGGAGAGCCGGAGCCGACUGCCGAGCUAGCCGCCGCCAGCCGGACCGCCGACCUGCCCAGCCCGUCGAAGGUGGCGGCCGCGGAGCCGGCGGCGCCGCAGUCGGAGCCGCACGUACCGGCCUGAGCGGCUUCCGGAGCAGCGCGGGCCACCCACAGAGAGCGUGAGAGCGGGCUCAUCAGUCGGCCACUAGCACAGCAAUACACACACUGACAGAUAUACGGGGCGCAGCUGCCGCCUCCGCCGCCUCCGCCGUCGAGCCGAGCCGAGACGAGACGAGACGAACCGAUUGCGAGAGUGACUGACCGGGUGAUUGGGCGUGUGAGUGUGAGUGUGAGAGGGCGAGAGCCAGCGAGCUGUGAGAUUGAGAAAGAGAGCUGUCCAACUACGCUGUGAUACGCCGCGCUCCCGUCGCAGAGGCCGCCGGGUAGCGCCAGUCCCGCGCACAGACACACAAACAGACAUACCUACACACAAACACACACACACACACACACAGGUACACCCACGGAGACAUGACAGGCGGCCGGCGCCCCCGGCCGGCGCCCCCGGCCGCGCGCGCCCGUCCCGGCCGCCGCCGUCACUCCCACCCGACUCUGUAUAAAGUGUAGUUUUAACGCCUGACAAUGGUGCCAGCGAGGCGCAGCGGGGAGUGGGCGCGCGCGGCCGGCGCCGCGCCGCCUCGGCUACAAUCAUGUCGCAUAAUUGAGCCGGGCCGGCCGAGUGACGCGCGCCCCCCGGCAACAGUUUUAACCGGUUUUCGUUUGUGUGCGGACGGCGGUGACGGCGCCGCCGACACAGUCUGAACAUUCCAGGAGGGUGCGGGUAGCGCCGGCCGGUGCGCCGGCCGCCCGACCUGACCUGACCUGACCCCGCCCCGGCGGCUCGCGACUCGACCUGAAGUGACCUCACGUCCGGCCGCGGCCGCCGCCGCCGCGCCGCGCCGCGCCGCUGAUGAUGUGUCGCUCGCCACCCCAUGAGAACUCCACUUGCCACUCUCUGUAUGCAUUUUACUGGGUAUCGCGGGUCCAACGCUUGGCGCUGGGAAGCGACGCGGGCAGUGGUCCCGGCGAGCAGCGUGCCUUUUGCCUGCCCCCGACUCUGACAGCGCUUGCCUUCCCCUUCCUCCCCGUCCCGUCCUGACCCCUCCCUCCCCUGUCUGUCCGUCUCUCGUCUAUCCAACUCACCUGAGCCGCUGGCCAGGCCCGCCGCCGCCGCCGCCCGUGCGCUGAGCGGGGCGGCUCGGGCGGCACGGCGGGCCUGUCGGGCGGACAGCUCCCAUUGGAUGAAGCGGGUGGAAGCUGCUGAAAAUGUACCUUGUACAAAUGUUAAUAUAUUGUAGCCAGUG